GAUACCUACCACCUAAAAUUAUCAAUCCGUCUUUUUUAGUUUCUGGUGAUUAUUACAUCAAUCAACUUACUAUUUUAUUGUGUCGUUUUUUACUAUGUGUAUUAAAACUUUCCUUUGGAAGUAAUAUCAAUAUCUGCCUUUUUACUUGAUUAAGAGUUACAGUAAUUUUUAUUUUAUAUAGUUUUGUAACAUAGCUAUGGAGGAAAAAUACAUAUUAACAUUGGAUGUUGGCACUACUACAAUUCGGGCUUAUAUUUAUAAUUCUAAAGCAGAAACUGUUGGAAAAUCUACAGAGCAGGUUGUUCUACAUUAUCCAAGUCCAGGGUUUGUUGAAAUUGAUCCAGAUGAAUUAUGGACUUCUAUAGUAGCAGUAGUACAAAGAUCUUUUAAGGAUGCCGGUCUUAGUGCUCACCAAAUAACAGCUAUGGGUGUCUCAACACAGAGAGGAACUUUCAUAACAUGGUCUAGGAGGACUGCGAGACCUUUUCACCGGUUUAUAACCUGGAAGGACUUGAGGGCUGAUAAAUUGGUUAGGCAAUGGAAUGAGUCAUAUACCUGGAAGCUAGUAAGAGCCGGUUCCUACGCACUCUAUUUAAUAUCAAGAAGCAAACGAUUUCGGGCAGGUAGUGUCCUAAAGUUUAUGAAUACACAGACGACACUACGACUGACAUGGGCGUUACAAAACAUCGCAGCUUUAAAAAAGGCAGCUGAAAAUGAAGAUGCCAUGUUUGGCUCUUUGGAUUGUUGGUUGCUAUAUAAACUGACAGGUAAUAAAGUGCACAUGACCGACGUGUCCUCGGCAUCAGCCACAGGUUUCUUCGAUCCGUUUACGAUGCAGUGGGCGGCGUGGGCGCUCAUGUUUUUCAAUAUACCGAUGUCAGCGUUGCCCACUGUCGUGGACACGGCCGGUGAUCACUUUACUAGUACCUCGCCUUCGAUAUGGGGUCAUGCGAUACCUAUACGCAGUUGUAUGGCAGAUCAAACAGCGUCAAUGUGGGGUUCUUGUUGUUUCGACGUAGGAGAUGUCAAGUUGACCAUGGGAACGGGCACAUUCUUCAACAUUAACACUGGAACCUCACCUCACGCAAGCGUGUCCGGAUUGUACCCCAUUGUGGGAUGGAGACUGGGAGAGGAGUUGGUCUAUUCGGCGGAAGGUGCCAACAAUGACACAGCUUCUAUCAUAAAAUGGGCGCAGGCACUAGGUUUGUUCGACGAUCCCCAGGACACUGCUGAAAUAGCGAUGUCCGUGCCAGAUUCAGAUGGCGUUUACUUUAUACCGGCUUUCAGUGGACUUGGGCCACCAUACAACGACGGUACAGCGGCAUCUGGUUUCAUCGGCAUGAAACCGUCGACAACGCGGGCGCACUUAGUACGCGCUGUACUAGAGUCGCUCGCGUUCCGCACCGCACAACUGUACGCGUGCGUACGAGCCGAGACAACAUUACGUUUUUCCGGUAUUAGAUUAGACGGUGGAGUGUCCAAUAACGACUUUAUAGCUCAACUUAUAGCGGAUCUUACGGGGCUGCGAGUGGAGAGGCCGGUGGACGUAGAAAUGUCCUCGCUUGGAUGUGCGCAUAUCGUGGGCUUACAGUUAGGUAUAUGGGAAUCUAAGGACGCGUUAAGGAAAAUACGCAAAGUUGGAUGCGUUUUCAAACCCCGUCCGCAGGUUAGGAAGUCGUACGAAGUCCCCAUGGCUCGAUGGGAGGACGCCGUGAAGAGAAUGUGUGGGUGGUAUGCCAACUAUAAGCCCCCACAAUUCAUCGCGACCAUAUCGGACUCGAGCAGCAGCUCCGUCACUCCACAGAAUAGUUUUAAAAUCUCAGCCGAAAACAAAAAUGGCGUUUACCCUAAAUAGCGGUGGCUUAUUUUUCUGUUGGCCUUUAUUGUCGUGUGCUUUCCAAUGUGCAGAUGAUAUUUGGCUUCUCAGUACCCGAAGGUGUUCAGUUGGUAGGUAUAUUUGUAGGUUGUUAAAUUGGUUGAAGCUUUAUAUUGAAAUACGUUCCGUGAUUUGGUUUCGAUUAGGUGAAUAAUUUAGGUAAUUAGGAUUUUUCAAUUGGGUCCGAUAUGCGGGUUCUGGGUGCCUAGAUGUUCGUUGUCCGGUUUCUCAUGACAAGGUAUUCUUGUUUAGAGACCAGGAAAUAGGUAACAUUGUGUAGCUAUAACUUUAGUAACAGAAAAUUGGGUAUUUGUGAUAUAUUUGUUUUCUUUCUAUUUAUUACUUUGUGAAUGAAUUUGUUAUCCCACGUAUAUUUUUAAUGAGAAAUAUAUGUUUGAUGAGGACGGCAUCAUCGUUAUUUACUGUCAGGUUUAGAUGUUUUUAAUUUUAAUAAUUCUAUACAAGUUGUAUUUUUAAAUCUAUAUUACAGUUACCUUCAACGUAUUACAGAACAUACUUAAAAUAAGAUACCAUUAUGACCGUAACAUUAAUUGUGCAGUUGUCAAACUUUACACACAAUGUUAGCUCAAUAGUUUUUAAUUGUUAGAGGUAAUGUUUUGUAUAUAUUAAACAAUGACAAUGAAAAUAUAACACAAUGGUAAUGAAAAAAAAAACAGAAUUUACGUUAGAUUGCGAUGUUGCUGUUCUUACUAAAUAUACUCUCUUAAUAUCAGUUACAAUGUAAACAAAACUUGCCAAUUUUAUUUUUUAUUAUAUUGUAGAUAUUUUACGUUGUCCAUUAUAUAGUUUUACGAAAUAUAGAAUGUGAUAAUCCCACCAUUGGAAGUACCUCAUACUAGUCUUGGUAGAUUGUUUAAACUCUGAAUUGUAAAAGACAAAAGUGCGUAGUCAUAUAGAGAAUUUGCGUGUAAUGUUAUAGUAAAAAAUGAGUUUAGCUUACAUUAAAAACGUUUAAUAUUUCUGAUUGAUUAUUUAAAUGCUCUGUACGUGAGUGACACUUAGUUUGUUGACAGAGCAUUGUUUGAAUAAUGAGUCAAAAAUAUUAAAUAUUAUUGAAUUAUUUUCAAAAAUUCACACAAUAAUUCUGACGUUGCGAUGUUCUUAGUUCAAAAUAUGGCUCAUCUGGUUACAAAUUUUAACCGAACUCCAGUUAGCUCGUUAUGCUUGAUUCAGUAAUAAACACUUUCAAUUCUCCAAGACCAUUCGUUCUCGCAGUGUAUUUAAAGUAUUAACGUAUAGUAAUUUACAAAGAAAAUCCACACAAAGUCACAAGAAUUUAAUAGUAAACAUUUUUGAGUUAGCUUAUUUUGUGUUCACAUAAAAAAAAAAUAUUUCACAAGGUGACGUUUUCUGUUUCUUUAUGCUUAUUGGGUUUCGGUAUUACAUUAGGUUUCGAUAUUAUACUUUAAUAUACAUAUGUACAUGUGUGUAUUAAAUAUGUACAUUCUGCGGCUUACAUGCCAUAGUUUUAUAGUUAAAUAGUUCAAUUAUUAUUAUUCGAUAUUUAGUUAGUCGUAAAUACUCCUUCCCCAAGAUAUUUAUUUGUAUAUAAUUGGCAUAUGUAAAUAUAUUGUAAACUAGUAAUUGGUGUUUUGGUGCUUAGAUUAUUUGGGUAGGUACUGAGAAAUAUGUAAUAGUGUAUAUAUAAUCAUUUAAACCAAUCAUUCCUGUUAUAUUUAAAUUACGUCCAUGUUUGAUCUAUAUUUAUAAAUAUUUACAGAGACCACAUCUAUUGUUUAUAAUCAGAAAUGAGAAUGUACCAAAGAAUAGUAGACUGCGGGGUGACAUAAUAAAGACCACUUGUGAUAUAAUACGUUAUUAUGUAAGCACAAUAUAAAUUGUGAAUAUGUUAUACGAUUGAAAACAUAAGGGAGAAAACAUAAGAAAGACUCUCAAAAUAUCAUAAACAUACUACCCAGCUGAGAAGAAAAAACAUAAAUGCUGAAUCGGUUUUAAUGUAUGAUAGAUACAGAUGUAAGUGCUACUGUAUGGGUUACAUUAUUUCGUGUAGUCGAUUUACGCUUAUCAACGAAAUUGUGACUCCAUUCAUGUCGAGAAGUACUGCUGAUGCGACCAAGUACACUCGCCGGAUGAUUUUUCAACAGUUAAGUCGUAAUUUUCGUGAUAUUAUUAAAAAAAAUAUUGUUUUGUGUAGAAUUCUCUGCGAUGUUUGCUAUGAUUAACAAUUUAGGCAAACAUAUAUAAUUUUUUUAUUCUAUCCUUUAGAAAUCAAAUUAAAUAGAGAACAAUAAAAAUAAAUGAACGUGCACAAUAAAAGGAAAAAAGAACAUAAAAAAUCAACAUAAAUAUAUACCAAAGAUUCUACACAUUAGGACUUGUGAGUUUUCUUACUAAGAAAGCAGUAAAGAUAUACAUCUGUAGGCGUAUAUGUAUGAGACAAAUAAUAUAACUACAAAUAAUAUAUAUUUGUAGUCAUUGAAAUGUCCAAUCUUCAUCUCAGCGAUUUUGGCCAUUGGCAAUUUCCAAUUGAGGAGUAGACGUGAAUAUGGCAACUAAUAUAUCAAAAGCAAGUUUAUUUAGUGCAUGCGAAGCUUUUAAGGUUUAUUAUUAAUAGUCUCCCUUUAAAAUUCCUAGCCCAUCCAUGACCAUUAACCAUUCCAUGUAGUUAAGAUAGUCUUUAUUUACAUCAAUUUUAGUCUAAUAUAUUUUGUUAUUUUUAUUUGACAUAGUUUAGUAGGUUAUGAUUUUUUUUCUAAUGGUUCUUGUUUUUGUAAUUUUAUACGUAAUUAAAUAAAUAGAGACCAUGAUGUCUUGAAAAAUUAAACUAUUCCAAAUAAUCGUUAUCUUAUAUUUUUUUUAUACAAUUUGUUUUUUUUUGUUGUUGUUUUGUAAUUGCAAAUAUUAAAACAAUUAUAUACAUUUGUUACAUGCUCUUGCCAAAUAUAAAAUAUAAUAUAAAAAAUCGUAUAUUAUAAAGAACUAACCUAAUUACUUAUUUAUGUUAGAUACCAACAAAUAAAUAUUGUUUGGAUCUAAGAUAAAUUAGAAAGCAAUGAACCUAUUAGGUUUUAUUCCUUGGACAAUGAUAUUUUAUAAUUCAAAGAGUGAGAUGGUUAUGAUUAAACCUAAUAACCAUUAGAUAUUGUGUAGUUGUGAAAAUACACAAUAUCACAACAACACAAUAUGUAUUAAUAAUAGAUGCAAGAUAUUAUUAAUAUAUUAUGUAUUAAAAAGAUUAAAAACCAAUGUAUUAUUUUUACUAUUGGUCGUCAUACGAUUUUGCUCACUUAAGUAGGUAGCUAUUUGUGUCAGUACUAUAGCCAAUCGUUGAUAUGCCAAAGCUAUUGAGAUUAUAUUCGGAUCUUGGCAUAGUAAUAUAAAUAAGAAAUUACUACUUCUUAAUACAUUUUGUUCACGAUAACGGGUUUGCUCAAUAAUGUAAUGGCCACAGAAUGGAUUUAUUGAUUAUAAAAAAUAUUUGUCGCUUUGUUUAGUCAGUAAUAUAGGACUAAAAAAAAAAAUACAUCAAUUCAUACACAUAUGCGUAUAUUUAUAAAUCUAGUUUAUUUUACAUCUAAGUAAAUUAAUAUUGUGUCUUUUUAUUAAAAGUUCCAACUUAAAAAGGGGGAGGUCAUUUAUUGGUUCACAUUUACAAAAAUCUAUUAUUAUUUAUUUUUCAUGUCAAGUGUUCAUACCAGUAGCAAAAAUGACUACUUCGAAAUUAUCUGCCAAUUUACACGAACAAUUUUCAAUAUUUCUAUUUGAUAUUAUUUCAUUUAAAAUUUGUUGUGAUAGUAAAUAAUAAUAAUGGAAUAAAUUGUAUAUAAAUUUCUUUAUAUACAACUAGAAAUUAUGUACUUGCUUCAUAAAUUGCUUUUGAGGCCUUCAAAUACUUUUUGUGCUAUGACAACCCAAAUUUUCAGUAAUAGCAUAAUAGGAAUGUUAUUGUAUGAUUAACAUAUAACUUAGUUAUUAGAAUAAUUUUGAUAUAAUAAUUUAUAAACGUUCAAAUUAUUUAAAUGUUUUUGAUAAUUUAUUGGUAAUGCAGACGUUGCCAGUAUACCAGCUUUGGUAUGAAUACUUUAAAUUUUCAACUGAUUUUAAAACGGAGGAAGUUUGAUCGUAUUAUUUUAUAUUUGUUACAUCACAGCUCCGUUAAUUUUAAACUAAUUUGGAAAAUUAUUAUCUGAAAGGAUAUAUUUACAGGCUAUUUUUUUGGCUCCAUAAAAAAUUUAUCAAAAUUUGUUCUGUAGUUUAGUUUUUAAUCAAAAAUUUGUCACAAUUUAAAUUGGUAUUUUUUUGAUACAAUCUUUUAUUUUCUUUUAAUAUUACUAUUAAGCAAUAUGUUGAGUUUAAUAAUAGUAUAGUUUCAAUAAGCUUUGGCUGAGGUAAUUAGAGAAUCAUAUUUAUAUCAGAUCCAGACUGUGUAAUUAUUAAGGUAUAUAGAAGACAAUAUUAUUGUUUUAAUAUAUUAUAGAUAUGUAAUGAUGGUGAUGAUGAUGUAAUGAUGAUGUGUGAUGUGUUUUUUACCUUUGGCUCAAUAUUGUAUGAUAAUUAUGUCGAUUUUUACAGUCACUAUGUUGUUUAGGUUUAAGUUAUAAUACUUUGUUAAUAGAUAAGUGAUAUUAAUUACUGGUCCUUUGCUUUAUAAAUUUUUAAAUCACAUCGAAACUUGCCAUAAUCUACUAGAACAUUAAUGAGAUUAAGUAUCUGAUGGUAAUCUAUUGGUAAUGGGAAAAAAUAUUUUGGAAUUAAAGGCGAUAAAAACA